ACCCUCCUUCUCUACCCGCAAACCCGACCCGGGACGAAAAGGAGAAGGUUUUCGGCGAUAUCACGACCCGAGCAAGCGAGCGCUCCAUAACCGUCCCGGCGAGGGUGAUCUCGUCGCCGCCGCCGCCGCCUUGGGACGAAGCAUGCGCGCGCUGGUUUGCAAGCCUUUUCUGAAUUAGGGAGAGCUCGUCUCCGGCGGGGGGCGACCGGACGCUCGGAGAAAAAAAGGAUGAAGAACGCCGGCGAGGGCAAAGGCCGGAGCUUCCCGGUGGAUCCGAAUCUGCCCCGCUGGCUGUGCCAGAACUGCCACCACCCGCUCGCCAUCGCCGGCGUCGAUUCCUACGCCGACAAGUACUUGAACGAUCCCUCCUCUCGCUCCGGUAUGCAUGGGUCCUCAAUGCAUGUGGCGAACAGCGUGUUGGGUUCGACUCGCAUGGACAAUUCUUUCGUCGUGUUGCCAAAACAGAGAGCUCAGGUGCAAGGGGUUCCUCCGCGUGCUCACGGUGCUAGCCUCCAGUCUGAUGCGAGCCCAUCAGGGGAGGCGAUGGACGAAUCUUUUGUUGUAGUUUAUAAGAAUGAGUCUGCUUCAGAUGGAGGAACUGACCAGUUGCCCUUAUCCGAAGGUGGCCAUGCAGCUGCUCCUCUGCAACCGAACAAUUCUGGGUUUAACACGACUAUAAUGAUUCUUAAACGUGCAUUUGAGAUCGCUACAACACAGUCUCAGGUUGAACAACCUCUGUGCCUUGAAUGCAUGAGGAUAUUGUCUGAUAAACUUGAUAAGGAGGUUGAAGAUGUAAACAGAGAUAUCGAAGCCUAUGAAGCCUGUUUGCAGAUACUGGAGGGCGAGGCACGUGAUAUUCUUAGUGAGGCUGAUUUUCUUAAGGAGAAGCUAAAGAUUGAAGAAGAAGAGCGGAAACUUGAAGUUGCAAUACAAGAAAUAGAUAAACAGUAUGAGGAAGUUAGUGGUGAACUAAGGGAACUAGAAACAAAAUCUAGCCGCUUUCAAGAAUUGGAGGAGAGGUAUUGGCACGAGUUUAACAAUUUUCAGUUUCAGCUGAUUUCACAUCAGGAAGAGAGAGAUGCAAUCUUGGCAAAAAUUGAAGUUUCACAAGCACAUCUAGAGCUGCUGAAGCGAACCAAUGUCCUCAAUGAUGCCUUUCCCAUCUGGCAUGAUGGAGAGUUUGGGACAAUAAACAAUUUUCGACUAGGACGACUUCCCAAAAUUCCUGUUGAGUGGGAUGAGAUAAAUGCUGCCUGGGGCCAAGCUUGCCUCCUCUUACAUACCAUGUGUCAAUAUUUUCAGUCCAAGUUUCCAUACCGUAUAAAGAUACUUCCCAUGGGAAGCUACCCCCGGAUUAUGGACCUCGGCAACAAUUCUUAUGAGCUGUUUGGUCCUGUGAACUUGUUCUGGAGCACUCGUUAUAACAAGGCUAUGACAUUGUUCUUGACAUGCCUCAAAGACUUUGCUGAGUUUGCAAAAUCAAAGGAUCAAGAGAACAAUAUACCACCAGAGAAAUGUUUCAAAUUGCCAUACAAGAUUGAGAAUGACAAAGUCGAGAACUACUCCAUCACGCUAAGUUUCCAUAAGCAGGAGAAUUGGACGAAAGCUCUAAAGUAUACCCUGUGCAAUCUCAAAUGGGCUCUCUACUGGUUUAUUGGGAAUACCUACUUUCAAUCACUUUCCACAACAGUAUCUCAACAUGCUGAUGUUCCAGCUGCAGGCACCUUAUUCGCGAAGCGAGGAACUGAUGCCAAGUUUGGAUCCCAAAAUUUGUAAAAAGUGAGCAAUUCACACGUGACAUGUACAUAUUAGAAGUAGAAUAGAAGUAUGCAAACUUUUCAGGUCGUAGAAUUAUGUUGGCUUUUGCGCCAUCCAACAGGAUCGUAAGUGCUGGCAAAGAAAGGGCGGAAUCAUUUGUUGGGGAAGCCUGUAUCACUCGAGUUGUUGGGCUGUGACUAUAUGUUGCCGCAGUCUCAAGUCUGAGGCAAGGAUUAAUGGCAUAAAACCAACUGGCAAUUCCUCAAAUUGGUACUAUUUACGAAA